AUGCAUUACAACGGCCAAGGGAUUUUGGAAGACUCGUAUCUGCGGCAACGACAACAGCAAGAACAUCAUCAUCAUCAUCAUCAUCAUCAUCAUCAUCAGCAACAGCAACAGCAGCAGCGGCAACAACACACCAUUUACGAGAUUCGACGGAAGGUUCGCGAUCGAAGUUGUUCACCGAGUUGUUCGGAUGAAGUGCGGUCACCUGGUUCCGAAGUGAGGGGAGGAGAGACUGUCGGAUCACCGGAAAAUAUACGCUUGAUCGAAAACGGCUCUCCCCCGGAGCUCGAAGACGAAUCGCGAAUGUCGAGGUAUCGCGAGGAAAAUGAGGCGAAAAAACCUUCGUUCUCGAAGCAGGAAAACGAGCAACCGGCCAGUUUUUUUCGGGACCCGAGCGAAGAAACGAGUGUGAAGUGUUUCACGGAGGAGAUGGUGUCCGCGGCUCGUUACGGGGAGUCGGAUAACUCGCCGGGGAGGAUCUCCCCGCAAGAGUACGCGGUUCACCCGACCGAGAGCAGACGUCACAGCUCGUUCGGUAAGACAUCUUUCUGCAUCGACGCGCUCCUCGGCCGCGCGAGCGGGAAGCAGCAGGAGAAUCUCGAUCACGAACGAUCGGAACGGAAUCAAAGAUUGUUAUUCGGUACGAGGAAUUCCGUCAUCGACGCGAAUUCUUGCCUGGCCAACUCGAUAAUCGGUGCCCACGACCGGGAAUCCUCCUCUUCCGCUCUCGGCGGUAUAAGUGGUGGCACAGUUGGUGGUGGGAUCGCGGGUAAUCGUGGUGCAGGUGGUGAGAUCGAAACUGGAACUGGAGUUGGAAUAGGGGUCGGAGUUGGGAUUGGAAACGGAACCACGCUUAUCGGUACACCAAGAACGGAUGAUCAAAGGGCAUCGUCCCUCGGCAAUCUUUUGAACAAUCCGUUCGACAGAUCCGUCGUGCAGCACGAUCUUUCCUCGCCAUCCAACCUGCAAGUUAUUCGCGAGGGGAGUAGCGACAGACAAGAUAUUCGUGAACGAUCCGGCCAUCUAUCCUCCUCCGGUAUCCGCGUCGAGUCCGUGGAAGAGACGAAGCCAGCUUUUAAAGGGGAGAGCGCGGGGAUCGGAGGGAACGGAGGAUUUCGCGUCGAUCGUUUCGAGAACAUCGAGGACGAGGCCUCGAUCGAGGUUGAUCCGACGAGAACGGGAAGCGCGAGUUCAGGGGGGAGUAACGCGAGCCACAGUCCUGUCUCGAGCCCGCCGAUCUCGCCAGGAUCGGAGGAACCGAGUGGCAACGCUAUCCCUGGUAAUCCGAAUUUACCGAGCGGUCAUUAUGGCGCGCUUGGCAGCAGUACAGGGGUAACUCGACAGAAUCAAGCGCUUCUCUUACAUCCGAGUGGUCCCCUCAUACAUCCCGGAGGAUUAUAUUAUCAUCCUGCGGGCGGUAGCGCGUUUCAUUCGAUACACAAGGAAGGACAACCCGUCGGACAUUCGCAGAGUGCCGGUGCUCAUCCUCAGCAGCAUCACAUCCAUCCACUCCAACUCGAGUGGCUUGCUAGGACUGGAAUGUUAUAUCCCAGAUUACCCGCCGAUUUAGCCGGUUGCGCAGCCCAACAUGCUCUCCUUGGAAAAACCAGAAGGCCGAGGACCGCUUUCACGUCGCAACAGUUACUUGAAUUGGAAAAACAAUUUAGACAGAACAAGUACCUAAGCAGACCGAAGAGAUUUGAAGUGGCCACCUCGUUAAUGCUUACGGAAACACAGGUGAAAAUCUGGUUUCAAAAUCGUCGAAUGAAAUGGAAAAGAAGUAAAAAGGCGCAACAAGAGGCACGGGCGAACAAUAAGGUGGAAGAUGGUGGGAAUGUGAGAAGCGGCGAGAGAGAAACAGGGAAUGAUCCGAAUCCAAAUUCGCCGAGUCCACAGGAGGAUACCAAAGGAACGUUACAAGAAACGCAAAGAAGCACGACCGAACUUCAAGAGCCACUUUAUCGACCGUACGUGGUAUAA